AUGCGUCUACUAUUAAUCCCUCUAAUUGUAACAGUGGCGAAUGCUGCCACCGUCACCUUUCGUGUUGUUGCUCCCGGAGCUACCGAUGUUCAAGUAUCCGUCAAUGGUCAACUCACAAAGCUUUCUGCCUCUGACCCUGAUGUCCCAUACUUUGUCGGUCAAGCAGAAGCAAACGACCAAGACAAAUAUCAGUAUGUUGUCAGUGGAAACGCGGAGCCUUUUCAACGUACAUUGGAGGCAGGUCGCACCGCCACUCGCAAUGACUUUUUCAAUCGCCCAGUGACAUACGCCAAUAUCCCAGAAUUACCAUGGCCCAUUGCUGAUAAGCCACAAUGGACACGUGGUGGUGACGAGCCACCCAUGUUUGAUACCAAUUACAUCCCUACUAUCUUCAUGAAUGGCGACCCUACCGAAAUGAACAACCUCAUCAAAAACGUUCCUGCCAAUUUGUAUAGCACCAAAUUUACUUUUGUGGGGCCUGAGGAAGUACUUGUCUACAAAAAUUGCUCUUUUGGUAUCCAUGGUGCUGGAAAAAAACACAACAAUGACAAACAAAGCUGGAGAUGGAUGUUACCAGAAGGCCAAUACAUUUACAAUCGCAAUUACAUCAAGCUCAGACACAUGGAAGAAGACCCUACACAAAUGCGAGAAAAGCUGUAUGCCGAUGUAUUGCAAGCUAUGGGUGUCUAUGCCAACCAAGCCAACAUUGUGCGAUUGUAUAUCAAUGGUGAAGGCUUUGGUACAUUCAACAUGCUUGACGACAUACCUCAAUAUUCCUAUAUACGUGCCAUGUUUUACAAUGGCAAGCCGCCACAGCAAAUGGGUCCAUUGUAUGAUGGUGCUUCUGGUGCAAGCUUUAUGUAUUCCAGCAACAAGGAUGAUUAUAGCUCUUGGAUCCCCAACGAAAAGAGCCCCGAAGACUAUGAAGCCAUUGAUCCAUUGUGUGCCACGCUCAACAAGACCGAUUUUUCGAAUGACGCUUCCGUUGCCAAGCUGUCGGACAUGUUUGAUACCGAUAGCUUUAUGCGAUUCAUGGUGAUGGAAUACCUUGCAGGCCAUUGGGAUGGUUAUUGGAUGGAACAAACCAAUGAUGGUGCAUACCGUGACCCUACCAACAACAACAUGUGGUACUAUCUUGGGCAAGAUUAUGAUGCUACUUUUGGUGUCAACCUCGAUCAACCCAGAACCUUUGUUGAAACAUCCUACACAAAGUUCCCAGAAAUGUUCCCUGGAGGUGUCAUGAUCAAUGGCUUGUUAAAGAACCCCGCUAUGCGCACACGCUUUGAAUCGUACUUGAAAAACACUACAGCUGUGCUAUUCAACAAUUACACUCUCACCAACCGUGUUCUUGAAUACCAAAAGUUCUUGUUGCCUGAUCUUGAAUGGGAUCGAUCCAUCAAACAACAAUCGCCUGGCAUUCAUUUUGGAUGGACCUUUGAUCAAGUCACUGCCAACUUGUGGAGCGGAACAAAAGCACCAGGCCAAAAACCAGGUGGUGCCGAAUGGGGAUUGCUUGAAUGGGUUGUUGCAAAAAGCAAUGCCGUCGCAAAAGAAUUUAAUAUUGAAAUUGUGCAGCAUCCUGUUCAAGGACCACAACAGCAACCACAAGGAGGCAACAAGGUGACGCACUCGGAAGCACCCUCACCACCGGAUGCAUCCGUUGCUCCACAUGGCGAAGCCGAUGAUGAUGGUGGUGAAGAAGCCGAGUCUUCUAGUUCGAUCAAGACAACAUCAAGCGUAUGGUCUUUGCCAUUGGCUCUACUUGCAUCAUUGUUCAUCUAUGUAAGUUAUCCAUAA